UCUCGGCGUCCGGCGACACUGAUUGUGAGUCAGUGCGUCGCGCGACGUCACUCGUAUAUGCAUCCUCGAGCACCACGUGCUCCGAUUUCGUUCUUAUAUCUUGCUCUAAAUGUUCGCGUCGCGCGUGUAAUGUGUGUUGCUGAGGAAUUUUGGAGCCUCCUUGCGUGAAUGUUGACCACGACGUACAAACGCGCGGCCCAGAAGACGUUGCGUAUUCGGUACGUGAUGCCGGCGGCGCAUCUGACGCUGCGCGAGGAGGAUGUGGUGCGCCUGACCUUGGAGUUCCUCCAUAGCCGCGACCUUCACAUCUCGCAGCUCUCACUCGAACGCGAGACCGGCGUGAUAAACGGCCAGUACAGCGACGAUGUACUUUUUCUGCGCCAGCUGAUCCUCGAUGGACAAUGGGACGACGUGCUCGAGUUCAUCCAACCGCUGGAAGCGCUGUCGGACUUCGAUAUGAGGAAGUUCACGUACUCGAUCCUGCGCCACAAAUAUGUCGAGCUAUUGUGCAUCAAAUCCGAGGCGAACGUUAUCGCCGCUGGGACGAACGGCAGCGUCGAUAAUGCCGUAGAAGAAGUCGUCAAGGUGUUGAGCGACCUCGAAAAGGUCGCGCCUUCCAAGGAGGAGUACAGCAGUCUGUGUCUGUUGCUUACUCUGCCGCGGUUAACAGAUCAUCUGCAGUAUAAGGAUUGGAAUCCCAGUAAUGCGAGGGUGCAAUGUUUUCGCGAGGUUCAUCCUUUGGUAGAGAAGUUCCUACCGGGUGAUAGGAAGAGUGCCGACUCCGCAUAUCCAAUUACCUCAGCGAAAAACGAUCGGCUUAUUCAGCUUAUCAUCAAAGGAAUUUUGUACGAAUCCUGCGUAAAUUAUUGUCAAGCGAAAGCUACUGGGUCGAAAGAAAGCGAACAGGUAGAGAUGAGUUUUUCGAGGCUACUGGAUGGAUCUGUGGGUUUUAGCGAUUCGGAUUUAAGUUUACUUUCAUGGCUUCAAAGUAUACCUCCUGAGACGUUUGCCGUACCCUUUGCACAAAGAACCCUGAACGUCGAUGUGGAGCGCCUGGAGAGGCCUUCCUUGGAGACUUCGUGGACGGAGCAUAUGUUGAUAACGCCGAUCAAACCGAAGACUUUUCCGCACAGCGCCAUGCCGUUUACUAGGCCGAGAUCCGCCGCAGAUAUGAUGUCUCGUAGCUUAGUGCCGGCUUUGGAAGCUGGUCUCGGGCCCAGGAGUCCUAAGAACACAUCUAUACCAUCAGCGGCGCUUAUGGCGCUAUCCGUCGGCGACGUAAACCCGAUGUCCAGGUCAUCGUUCGCUAGCUUCCAUUUAACCGGAUUCAAAAACAACAAAUUAAUGAAUACUAGCGUCGAUAGGCUUUUCGAGAAUGAGGGUGAUGUCUUCCUUAGCUCGAAUUACGCCGAAUUUCAACAAUUACCCUCGAUACAAGAGACCGCGAUGAAUGCUCAACCUAAGGCUCCGCCGAGGACUCGAGGACACUCCAAAAGCCCUGAUGGCGUGGAAAUGGAUCCUUCAGCGACAUCCACGCCGGAGCGCAGAGUGGCUGAGAGAAGAGAUUCCUUAGCGGAAAAGCCCACGGGAGUCGCAGCUAAAAUUACAGACCCAUCCGUGAUACCGAUUAGAGCGAUGGUGGCUCCUAGCGACAACCUCGAACAAAGUUACAAUGGUGGCCUAUUUAAAGAAUACCAGAAACAGAAGCAAAGGUUGCAGGAGACUAUCCAACAAAAGGAAAGGGAGAGGGAUGAAUUAGUCAGACAGUUAGCUGCACCGUUACCUAUGCAAGUAGCAGAUAAUAGACUUCAGGGAGAAGGGAUAAAGCAACCUUUGGGAAGUAAAGGACCUUCGCCCGUUCACACGAGUGCACCUGUUCGAUCUGGAAUCCAGUUACCGAAGCCUACGAUCAAUGGGUCGGAUCCAGUCGCGAGGCAAAACUCGGUAUCAAGCGGCAUUUACGAUUCAAGAGUGCCGGAAGGACAUUAUGAUGUCAUCAAACCGAAACAAGAACCGAGACCAGAACUCGAGACUAGCAAUGGAAGCAGCAACGGCGGCGGGAGACCGCGUUUCGUUCCCGUCACCGCUCUGGAAGACGUGCAGGCGAUACGCUGCGCCGAAUUUCACCCCCAUGGGAAGCUGUAUGCCGUGGGAUCGAACUCGAAGACGCUGCGAAUAUGUGCUUACCCGAAACUACACGAUGUCAGGGAGGAUCAUCAGACGUAUCAACCUACCGUUCUCUUCAAGAGGACGAAGCAUCACAAAGGCUCUAUAUACUGCCUUGCGUGGACACCGGACGGUCGGCUGAUCGCGACCGGAAGUAAUGACAAAACUGUGAAGUUAAUGCGCUUUAACGCCGAUACGUCGAAUCUUGAAGGGCAAGAGGUCGAAUUGACUAUGCACGAUGGUACAGUGCGUGACCUGUGCUUCCUCGAGGAUACGUCAAAUAAAUCGAGCCUUUUGAUCAGCGGUGGUGCUGGCGAUUGCAAAAUUUAUGUUACCGAUUGCACGACCGGGACACCUUUCCAAGCCUUGAGUGGUCAUAGUGGCCACGUGUUGACGCUUUACAACUGGGGCGGAGCGAUGUUCGUGAGCGGAUCGCAGGAUAAAACAGUCAGAUUCUGGGAUCUGAGGACGAGAAGCUGCGUCAAUAUGGUUACACCUGCGACGGUACCUGGCAGCCGGGUCGGUAGUCCCGUAGCUGCGCUGUGCGUAGAUCCGUCUGGCCGAUUGUUGGUGUCUGGCCACGAAGACAGUAGCUGCGUUCUCUUCGACAUUCGCGGCGGUAGAACGGUACAGUGCUUCAAACCUCACGCGGCAGAUAUUAGGAGCAUACGAUUCUCACCGUCGGCGUACUACUUGCUGACGGCGGGAUAUGAUAACAAAUUGGUACUCACAGACUUGCAAGGCGAUCUUACAAUGCCUCUACCUAGCGUCGUAGUCGCUCAACAUCAGGACAAAGUCAUCUCCGGACGUUGGCAUCCUACGGAGUUCUCGUUUCUCAGUACUUCCGCUGAUAAAACUGCAACGUUGUGGGCUUUACCACCUGUUUAAAGUCCCGAUAUAAUAACGCACUGUUAUUUAUUUAUCUGUUCUUUUAAGAACAUUUUAACAUAGUAAUUCAUCUUUGACAAUAUUGUCUAGAUUUGAUUUUUUUUUUUUUACAUUGAAUUGAUCCCACAAAAAUUUCAGACUUUAAUUUCGAUUCUUAAAUGAUCCUAUAGAGAUUAUAAUCACAAAAAAAUGGAAUUUCAAACGAUAUUCUUUGACGUAUUCACACAGUUUAAUUAUUCUUUAAAUGACCAAUUAAAACUUUGAUUUAUACGACUGUGUCAUUAACUCGCAGCGUAAUAUUAUAACAUUGAUGCGAAAGUAAAGCAUUUAAAUGAUUAAAACGUAACACGCUUUGAAGACUUGGGCUAGGGAAUAAAGAACGCGUAAACCACGCGAUAUGGGAGGACGAGCAUCGAUAGGAUUGUUUUUAGCUAUGAAUUUAAUCGGGAGUCACAAGACUGCGGAUGAAUAAUCCCUCGCUUCAAUACUGUUUUACAGCAACACGAAGCGAGAUCGUUUACAUCGUCAGUUUUAAAUAUCUGUUUUUUGCAUAACAUGAUAAUAGGUUUACAGAUUUUGAAGAAUGUUCUUUUUUCAAGAACAAUGCACACAUACUUAAUAGAAUCACGAUGCGAUAUAUCCCCUUUCCCAGUCUGUUUUAAUAGAAUUUCGUUAUAAUCAGAGAUGCCUGUAUUGUAGAUACGUUGAGCUAAGUUAAGAAAAUUUUAAGAAUAUUCACAAAGGACAUUUUAAUUUUUAGUUUUUAAACGCUCUCUUACUUUCGCUCUUACUAUCGCGUCGUUGCAUCGUUUCACAACGUCUCAAUAGAAAUAUUUGUUUACUGAUUUUAUUCUUAAUUUGUUGCAAUACUUAUUGCCACAAUUUAUUGCGCGCGCGCGUUUAAUUUACAUAGAUGCUCAUACUUCCAUUUACAUGUUAUCAACUCACAAGCCAAAUAUACAGUCGCGUCUAGUACAUAGUAUAUAUAUAUAUGUAUGUAUAUAUAUAUAUAUAUAUAUAUAUAUAUGUGUGCUCGUGUAUUUGCGAAAGAAAUUAUAUACGUAUGCUCAUAUACUAAUCGCUAUUUUUUACGGACUAAAAUAAUAUAAAUCAAGAGAAUUUAUCCAAGCGUCAAGCAAUUACUCAUCGCGAUAUGUGACUAAGUUUACGCGAUUCGCGCAAAGAAGAUAGUAUUCUUUAGUAAUAUAAAGUCGUAAGGACUAACAAUUAGACUUAAGUUGCUUGUCGCAAUCGCCAAAGCUCGCAGUAGCAGCGAAACAGAAAAAGAGAGAAAGUGCGCAUCAUUUUGCGUUGUCGAAAGCAAUUUUCUCAUCGAUUAUAGUGAUUCGAUGGUUGGACAUGGGACGAAGAUUUUGUAAAUACACGUUCAGCAACUGAACUCGGCAAUUCUUUGAUUUGAUCAUUAAUCUGUCGAGUGACGAUAUAAGCAUAUCAUUAUUUUUUUUAUCCCUACUUCAACAUCAAUGUUGUUAAAAGCGAAAUUUACUUUGUCCUGUUAGCAUAUCUUUUCAGCGUACGGACAAAUCACAUUUUAAGAUGGCGAAUGUAUUCAAGGAGAUAGGG